CAAGCGUCCUCUGCAGAUUUAAUGAUCAGGAACAUCCUCCUGAUGCACGCCGGGAGGUACGGCUGCAGGGUCCAGACCGCGGCGGACGCCGUGUCAGAUGAGACGGAGCUGCUCGUGAGGGGUCCUCCUGGUCCCCCAGGGGUUGUAAUAGUGGAGGAAAUUACAGACACCACAGCAACACUCUCCUGGAGUCCUGGGGCAGACAAUCACAGCCCUAUCUCCCUCUACAACCUGCAAGCACGCAGUCCAUUUUCUCUUGGCUGGCAGACCGUGAAAACAGUUCCAGAUGUGAUAAGUGGUGACAUGGAGUCUGCUAUGGCUGUUGAACUGAACCCUUGGGUGGAGUAUGAGUUCAGAGUUGUAGCAACCAACAAAAUUGGGACCGGAGACCCAAGUGCACCAUCACGAGUGAUCAGAACCAACGAAGCAGUUCCAAAGACACCUCCAGCUAAUGUAAGUGGCAGAAGUGGAAGGCGACAUGAAUUAGUAAUAGCAUGGGAGCCAGUGUCAGAAGAGUUUCAGAAUGGAGAAGGAUUUGGAUAUAUUGUAGCCUUCAGACCCAAUGGAACUCGUGGCUGGAAGGAAAAAAUGGUCACAUCUUCAGAUGCCUCAAAGUUCAUCUACAGAGAUGAAAGUGUGCCACCUCUGACUCCUUUUGAGGUGAAAGUUGGUGUUUACAACAACAAAGGAGAUGGUCCCUUCAGCCCUAUUGUGGUCAUCUGCUCAGCUGAAGGAGAACCCACUGCUGCUCCCAUCGAUGUCAAAGCUACAAGUUUGUCUGUAUCAGAGAUUCUUGUUGCGUGGAAACAUAUUAAAGAAAGUCUCGGAAGACCACAGGGAUUUGAGGUUGGUUACUGGAAGGACAUGGAGCAGGAAGAAGCAGCAGAAAAGGUCAAAACUGAGGGAAAUGAAUCAUCCAUCCUCCUGACAGGGUUAGAAGGAAACACAUUAUACCACCUAACAGUGAGGGCGUACAACGCUGCAGGGUAUGGACCACCUAGCACUGCUGUGCGUGCAGCAACCAAGAAGUCCCCUCCCAGCCAAGCACCAGGCAAUAUUAUGUGGAUACAGGAUGGCUCUCAUGUGUCUCUUGGGUGGGAGCCAGUCAGACCUCUAGCUAAUGAAUCUGAUGUAAUGGGAUACAAGGUAUUAUUUAGACAAGAAGGACAGAGCAACAGUCAAGUUAUAGAGACACAGAAAACCUCUGCAGUGGUACUUCUUCCUGAUGUUGGUGUCUACAUCAUUGAGGUCUGCGCAGUCAGUGAAGGAGGGGAUGGAACUGCGAGUCCCCAGAUCAGAGUCCCAUCUUUUUCAGGUAAGAUUACACUUAUGUUU